AUGCCACCACCGCCUUUGCCCCAGCCUACCAAAAAUGAUCUACCGGUAACUGAUCCAAACACGGCAUUGCUCUUACAAAUGAGCAACUCCUUGCAUGCCAUUCAGGCAAGGGUAGAGGCAGCAGAGAACAUGGACACAUGGAGGCCCUUAACCACUUAUGAAGACCGUCCGGGUCCUUUCACCCAGCAGGUUAGAGGUGUCAUUCGAUCGAACAUAUCAAAACCAUUGAAGAUUGACUAUACGGGAACUGGGGACCCGUACCAGCACCUACAGGCUUUCCGCUCACUAACGAGCGCCAAGGGAUACACGGACGAGGUGUGUUGUAACAUGUUCCAGGAGACAUUAUCAGGGGAAGCUUUGAGUUGGUUCUACGAACUGCCAGCCGGUUCGAUAGGGAAUUUCAAGGAGCUCGCAGACAAAUUCCUCGCUCGGUUCAUCCUCCGUACCGACAGGAUACACACCCCGAAGGGGCUACUGAAGGUUCAGCAGGGGGAGAAUGAAACGUUGAAAUCCUUCGUUAACCGGUGGCAAGCGGCUACCGCUAAGUGCCGGGACCUUAACAAGGAACUCGCUGAGCUGGCUUUCAGGAGGGGCUUAAGGGUCGGGGAGUUCCUCUACGGGAUAAAUCAUCAUCCCCCGGCUAGCUACGACGAGCUGAUGGCCACAGCCAUUAGACACGCUCAGGCCGAAUUCGAAACAUACGUGGAUAAUAUCAGACCAGAGCGAAGAACCUCUAACCUGGCCCCGGUGGCCAGGGAAGAGCCAAGAAAGCGGGAGUGGGUGCAUGAUCAGGGACGAUCACCCCAUAACUCGAGCAAGAGAAGCAAAGACUCCUCGUCCAGGUCCGGCGGUUACGUGACCACUCAGUCCCACCGCGAAGAAAGGGCACAGCAGGCCCCACGAACACCACCACCACCUCGGUACGAAGUAUUUACUAUCCUUAACGCUUCGUAUGAAACUAUUUGGAACGAGAACAAAGACGAGAUACCUGGACCACCACCGAGGAAGUUCCCAAAGAGUAAAUUCACCCAGCAGGAUACCAGAAGGUUCUGUACAUAUCAUGAAGAUGCCGGGCACAAUACCAACCUCUGCAUGGCUUUAAAGAAUACGAUCGAGUCACUUAUUCAGCAAUGCAAGCUUCAGCGGUACCUACCUGCUAAAGAGAUCGGAGCUAUCGAUGUAUAUGGCCGGAUCCUCAUGAUUCACGGUGGAGGCCCGAAGAAUUUACCUCCCCGGCAGAAGAAGCGAAAUUCCAGUUUCGGCCACCCGGAAGUGUUCAAUUUCCACAAGGCCCCGCAACAAGGAGGCGAUAUCGAGUGGAAGUCCGUCACUUUCUUGCAGGAGGAAGAAACUGACCUUAGGAUGCCCCAUGAUGACCCCUUCCUAAUCACGCUCCAAAUGGACCAUUACAUAAUUUAUCGGGUACUCGUAGAUAUCGGGGCCUCGGUUAGUGUAUUAUUUCGUUAUGCAUACAAAGCUUUGAACAGGGGAAGAGCCAAGUUGUCCCAGGAUAAUGAGCCCCUCAUCAGCUUUCAGGAGAUAUAG